AUGAGUCGCUACCCGUGGACGACGCGGCAGUGCCUCGUGUGCGUGCUUGCCGUCGCCGCUCUUAACGUGCUGCUCUUCCACCUGCACGGAGACAGUAUCGAGCAAGCUUCUAGAGGGUUCCGUGCGCUUAUACUGGAGAGCAGUGGGCGGAGAGUGGCGAAAGCAGGAGGAGGGGACGCAGACUGGGAAGGGGAGGCUAGAUGGGAUGCAGGGGAAGGGGGAGUGGGGGGUGGAGUGGGGGGUGGAGUGGGGGGAGGAGAGGCAGAGGCGACAACAGACAUCAACAUGAAGCGGGUUUACGAUGGCAUCAAGUUUUCCAACGAGAAGGGCGGGAAGUGGACUCAGGGGUGGAAGCUGCAAUACAAGGGGGACGAGUGGGACGAGGAGCCGCUGAGGUUGUUCGUGUGUGGUGCCGCACUCCCCUACUCCUCCUUAUCUUAUCCCCACUCCUCCCUUGCUUUCUCCCCUCACCCCUCGCCCAAGCUACAAUACAAGGGGGAUGAGUGGGACGAGGAGCCUCUGAGGGGGUGGAAGCUGCAGUACAAGGGGGAUGAGUGGGACGAGGAGCCAUUGAGGGUGUUUGUGGUGCCGCACUCCCACAACGACCCCGGUUGGCUGCUGACAGUGGAGCAGUACUACGCCAGGAGCUCACAGCACAUCCUGCACACCAUCCUGCGCUCUCUUUCCGAGUCCCCCUCGCGCCGCUUUAUCUGGGAGGAGAUGUCGUAUCUGAGCCGUUGGUGGAUGGACGCCACACAGGAGGAGAGGGAGGGGAUGAGGGCGCUGGUGCAGUCGGGGCAGCUGGAGAUAGUCGGGGGAGGGUGGGUGAUGAACGAUGAGGCCAAUUCUCACUACUACGCUAUUAUAGAACAGCUCACGGAGGGCAACACGUGGCUGUACGACACGCUCGGAGUGUCUCCCACCAACAGCUGGGCCAUUGACCCCUUUGGCCAUUCCGCCACCAUGCCAUACCUCCUAAAGAGGUCUGGAUUCGACAACAUGCUGAUUCAGCGCACGCAUUACGAGGUGAAAAAGGCCCUGGCGAGGCAGAAGCAUCUGGAAUUUUUCUGGCGCCAAGCAUGGGACCAGUCGGGGGGUGCCAUGGGCCAGUCAGAGGGUACAAUGGGAGAGGACCUUUUGCAAGGACAACCCAGGUCAGACGAGCAGCAGGGGGGAGGUGCGGAAGGGAAGCCACGUGCAGAAGGGAAGCCACGUGCAGGAGCAGCGGGAGCAGCAGCACCAGGAACGGCGGCGGCAGCGGCAGAGGCGGUUUCAGGAGAGACAGCAGCGGCAGGGGGGAAGGAAGAGGGCAGCACGGAUAUUCUGUGUCACAUGAUGCCGUUCUACUCGUACGACAUACCGCACACCUGUGGACCCAAUCCGGGUGUGUGCUGCCAGUUUGACUUUCUGCGUCGCACAGGCACGCAGGACUGGUGCCCGUGGGGGCAGGACUCCAUGCCCAUCACCAGGAAGAACAUCGCUCAGCGCGCACAGCUGCUGGUGGACCAGUGGCGCAAGAAGUCUCUUCUCUUCCGCACCAGCGUGCUGCUGGUCCCUCUGGGCGACGACUUUCGCUAUUCCUCCAUGCUCGAGGCCCAAGCCCAGUUCCAAAACUACGAGCUGCUCUUCGCCUUCAUCAACUCACGAAAGUCGCUCCGAGUCAACGCCAGCUUCGGCACGCUCGACGAGUACUUCACCGCCAUGCGCGCCGCCUCCGCCCGCCAGAGAACCUCCCACCAGAGAGCUUCCCGCCAGAGAGCAAGCCAGCUCCGGGCUGGGCUGAACACCAGUGAGACGACUCUACAGCCGUGGCUCAACCCAGACGACCCAGACUCAUUAGAUCAGAACUCCCUAUCAGACAGCCAGGAGAACCAACACCAGGAGGAGAUUCAGCGCCGCCGGCUCUUAGCUAAUAGAGAUCCCUACUUAAAACCAGCCACUUCCACCAGCGCUUCCCUAAAGCUCAGAACAUCCACGGCCACCCCCCCGACCACCAGCAGCAGCACUGGCGAGGUCCGCCCGCUGCUGCUGUCUCUGUCGGGGGAUUUCUUCACGUAUGCGGAUCGCGAUCACGACUACUGGAGCGGCUAUUUCUCCUCGCGCCCCUUCUGGAAGGCCGUGGACCGAGCACUGGAGGCGAAUAUGAGGGCCGCUGACAUGCUGUACGCGCUGUGCUGGGCGGACUGGGUGGAUGGCGGUCACGGUGGGAGCAAGGACCUGCAGAGCGACAGAGAGCCCAAGGACCUGCCCUUCCCCCUCAACUUUGCAGAGCGACUGGUGCUAGCACGGCGCAACCUGGCGCUGUUUCAGCACCACGACGGCAUCACAGGCACGGCGAAGCACCACGUGGUGAAGGACUACAGCCUGCGCAUGCACCAGGCGCUCACAGACCUCAGUACCUUCAACUUCAACUUCAUCUCCUUCCCUCUCUGUUCCCUCCUCUCCUCUCCUCUCUUCUCUCCCCUCUCUCCUUUGUUCUUCCUCCUCCUCCCCUCCCACCAAUCACAGGACUUCAUGUGUGCUGCUGUCGCCGCCCUGCUGCUCAAGGCCCCCAACCCUUCUGCAUUGACCACCACCGCUCUCAACUCCUCUGCUUCCCAGCAGCCGCCACCUCUCGAAGCAGAGCGGUGGCGGUCGGUGCAUGACGGUCCUUGGGAGCGGAGAGUGGUGGGGAGCGGUGUGGAGGGGGAAGAAGGGGCAGGAGCAAGGAGAGUGGUGGUGUUCAAUCCCUUGGAGGAGGAGAGGAGGGAGAUCAUUUCAGUCCUCGUCAAAUCUCCAGCCGUUGCAGUCAUCGGGCAGCACAGAAAGUGUCUCCCUGGGCAGCUGCUGCCCGACUGGUCCAAAGGCAACAUGAGCCUAACCCCGUCCUCCGGCCGGCACCGUCUUUUCUGGGAAGCUUCCGUGCCGCCCCUAGGCCUGUCCACCUAUUUCAUAGCACCCCACGCUGCUGUGCCUGCCUGCCCUGCGCCUGUGCUGUCGACCAUUGUGGUGUUUAAUCCCCCACGGGAGUUUGUGUGUCCCGAGCCAUAUGUGUGUGCGAUGGUGGGGGGAGGGGAGGAGGGACCUCGAGGAAGGGAGGGGGGUGCUGCUGCUGGUGAUGGUGUUGGUGCUGGUGCUGCUGCUGGUGCUGGUGGUGGCGCUGGUGCUGCUGGCACUGGGGGAAAUGAGGACACAUUUUCCAUAUCAAACGGCAACUAUCGAGUGGAUUUGGGUCGCAUGGACGGGCUAAUAAAGGGGAUACAGCUGCCCCACAUGCGAGCCCCUCUGCCAGUCAGUGAGCAAUUCGCCCUCUAUGCCAGCUCAGGGGGAGCCUAUCUUUUUCUGCCACAUGGCACUGCCGUUCCUAUAGUGAAGGAGCAGCAGCGUGCGGGUAGCAGCAGGAGCACGGAAAAGAAAAAGCAAAGGCACGGGGAGAGGAGCGGGAGUGGGCAUGGGGGAGACAGGGAGGAGGAGAGAGGGGGGAUGGGUUCUGGGAGAGUUAGGGGGGAGAGGAGGGGGAAGGGAUACGGAAGAAUUGAAGGGGAGCGGGGGGGAAGUGGUGUGCAUGGGAUGGUGAAGGGGGAGGAGGGAGGGUCGACCUCGUUGGUAUGCAGAGGGCCGCUAGUGGAGGAGGUGCAUACACGGUUCAGAUUCACCCAUCCGAAUGAUUGGACGGCUGAGGUGCAAGCUGAGGAUGUUGACCCUUGGGCGAAAGGGGAAGGGCAGGGGGAGGGGGAGGGGGUGGGGGACGGGAAGGGGGAGGGGAAUGGGGAGGCCGAAGGGGAUAGGAAAGGGGGUUGGGCUGUAGACGUGGCGAAAGGAGCUUUUUCUGCUACAGCGCGUAAGCUGCUGGUUAAUGAUAGUGAAGCAGACAAUAGCGAGGAUGGAUUAGAAGUUUCUGGGAGUGAGAAUGAGGGGGCUAGCGAGGGCAUGAGUGAGGGAGAGAGUGAAAGAACAAACUUGGGAGAGGGUGAGGGUGAGGAAGAGAGUAAGGGAGUGAGGGAAGGAGCAAGUGAGGGAGUGGGUGAGAGCGCGAGUGAGGGAACGAGUGAGGGAGUGAGCGAGAGAGGGAGUGAGGGGGUGAGUGAGGAGGAGUUAGACUUAUUGCAUCCGCGGCAUUUUGAGGGAAGGGAAACAACAGGAGGGCUGGUGUUUCUGACUGGCGAGCAGCAGCGUGUGUUUGGCAAACUGCUGGAGCACUCACAGAGGGAGGAACAGGGAGAGGAGGAGAUUCAGAGAGCGAGUGCAGGAGUGAGUGAGGGAGGGAGUCAGGGUGCGGGUGAGAGAGUGAGCGCGGGAGGGAGCGAGGGAGGGAGUGAGGGGGCGAGUAGGGGAGCGAGUGAAGGAGCGAUUGAGGGUGCGAGUGAUAGAGCGAGUGAUGGAGUGAGUGAGGGAGCAAGUGAGGGAACGAGUGAGGGGGUGAGUGAGGAGGAGUUAGACGUAUUGCAUCCGCGGCAUUUUGAGGGAAGGGAAACAACAGGAGGGUUGGUGUUUCUGACUGGCGAGCAGCAGCGUGUGUUUGGAAGACUGCUGGAGCACUCACAGAGGGAGGAACGGGGAGAGGAGGAGAUUCAGAGAGCGAGUGAGGAAGCGAGUGAGGGAACGAGUGAGGGAGCGAGUGAGGGAGCGAGUGAGGGAGCCAGCGAUGGAAAGAGCGGAGGAGCGAGUGAGGGAGCAGGCGAGGGAGUUAGUGAGGGAGCAAGUGAGGUAGCGAGUGAGAAGAGUGAGGGGGUGAGUGAGGAGGAGCUAGACAUAUUGCAUCCGCGGCACUUUGAGGGGAAGGAAACAGCGGGAGGGUUGGUGUUUCUGACUGGGGAGCAGCAGCGUGUGUUUGGCAAGUUGCUGGAGCACUCACAGAGGGAGGAACAGGGGGAGGAGGAGACGCAGAGAGCGAGUGAGGAAGCGAGUGAGGGAGCGAGUGAUAAAGCAAAUGAGGUAGUGAGUGGGGGAGCGAGAGAGGGAGCGAGGGAGGCAACAAGUGGGGGAGCGAGUGAGGGAGUGAGUGAGGGUGUGAGUGAGGAGGAUCUGGACGUGUUGCAUCCACGCCAUUUUGAGGGGAAGGAAACGGCGAACGGGUUGGUGUGGCUGAGUGGGGAGCAGCAGCGAGUUUUUGGGAAGCUGCUGGAGCAAUCACAGAGGGAGGAAGACAAGGGGCAGGGACAGGGGGGGAAGGAGACUCAGCACACGCAGCAACGAGAAGAGUCAGAAGGCGAGCGGUUCGCCGCGGUGCAGAGUGGUGAAGGAGCAAAACUCCCGGCAGAUCCUGCCUCACCGAACCUUGGAUCGCCGAACCUCGGAUCGCCGAACCUCGGAUCGCCGAACCUUGCCUCACCAGACCUUGCCUCGGCACGUGCAGCAGCGGAGCAGCGGCGCGAGGAGCGGAGGAAGCAGCGGUUGAGAUGGAUGCAGAGGGUGCGGGGGACGCAAGGUGGGGGGCGGCCGCCGUGGUUAGACGAUGAUUUCAACUACACACUGCUCUCGCCUGCUGAUGCUGCUAGUCAAGAGGGGCUGGAUGCGUUGUUUGGGGUUGAGGGGCAUAGGGAGGAGCGGGAGAGGGGUGGGGAGAGGGAGGCGGGAAGAGAGGGGAUGGGGGCCGGGAAGAGGUGGAGGGAGAGUGUGGCGAGGGAGAGGAGGGAGUGGAUUGAGGCGAGGCGCAGGCAGAGAGGAGGGUAUGGGGCUGCUGGUGGUGAUGAUGAUUCUGCUGCAGCUGCUGCUGCUGCGAUGGGAGUUGGUGAGGCUGAAGGGCCGGAAGAGUCAGAGGAGGACGAUGCACCCGAUGGUUUCGAGCAGCAGCAGCAACAACAGUCCCAUAAUGAAAACCAGCAGCAGCAGCAGUCCCAAAACUACCACUACCAGCAGCAGCAGCGGAGGGGGGCACCAGAGCCGGUGGUGCGGGUGGUGAGGCUGUACAGGGUGCAUUCGGUGCAGGCUCUGCUGGUGGAGGUGCAGCACCGGGUGGACCUCACCAGCCGCAUGUGGCUCGGGAACAAGGAGCUCGUGGUCCGGUCUGGCAACGUCUUUCACACGGACUUGAAUGGCUUCCAGAUGGUCAGAAGGGAAACACUCGCUCGCAUCCCUCUGCAGGGCAACUUCUACCCCAUGCCCGCCCUCGCCUUCCUGCAAGACCCCUCUGGCCUGCGCUUCUCUGCGCACACUCGCCAGGCCAUGGGCGCUGCCAGUCUCAAGAGUGGUUGGCUAGAGAUGGUGUUGGAUCGACGGCUGAACCAGGACGAUGGGAGGGGGCUCACACAGGGAGUGUCAGACAACCGCCCCCUGCUCUCCAUCCUCCACCUCUCCCUCGAAGCCAACACCUCCUCUCGCCCUCCCCCCUCCCCCUCCUCCUCCGCCCCUCUCAAGCCCUCCCUCCUCUCCCACCGCGUUUCCUCUCGGCUCAACUACCCGCCCGUUCUUUUUGUCGGGCAGCCCGAAAAUUCUGCCGCUCUGCGUGAACUGGUGGCGCAGGGCGGCUCGGGCAGGGAAAAGGGGGGUGGUGGUCAGGCCAGGGAGGGGCAGGUGGGAGGAGGGGGGACCAGGAGGUGGGAGCAACGGGGGGGCCGGAAGGCAGGUUCGGGGAAGGGCUUGGGGAAAACCAGAGGAGGAGGUUUGCGAAUAGGUUCGGUGGAGGAUGGGACAAAGCACCCAGCGGUGACGGCCAUGUCGGAGGGCGAGGUCGAGGAGUACCGUCGCCGCCGGCAGAUCUCCGUCGAGGGCCGCGGCGUGCCCAAGCCGUGUCGCACGUUUGAAGAGGCUUCGUUUCCCGACUACGUGCUCGUGGAGGUGCAGCGCGCGGGAUUUAAGGAGCCCACGCCGAUUCAGGCGCAGGGUUGGCCCAUGGCGCUAAAGGGGAGGGAUCUGAUCGGGCUAGCAGAAACGGGGUCUGGGAAGACCUUGGCUUACCUUCUUCCUGCUAUUGUUCACGUCAACGCUCAGCCUUACCUCGCACCCGGAGAUGGACCCAUCGUGCUGGUGAUCGCGCCGACGCGAGAGCUGGCGGUGCAGAUUCAGGAGGAGUGCACCAAGUUCGGCGCGUCGUCUAAGAUCAAGAGCACCUGCGUCUAUGGCGGCGCGCCUAAAGGCCCGCAAAUACGGGAUCUCAAUCAAGGCGUAGAGAUCGUGAUUGCGACGCCAGGGCGUUUGAUCGACAUGCUGGAGUCGCGGAUUACCAACCUUCGCCGAGUGACGUACCUCGUGUUGGACGAGGCGGAUCGCAUGCUCGACAUGGGCUUCGAACCCCAGAUCAGAAAAAUCGUCUCGCAGAUUCGCCCUGAUCGCCAGACGCUCUACUGGAGUGCCACGUGGCCCAGGGAGGUGGAGACGCUCGCGAGGCAGUUCCUGGUUGACACGUACAAGGUUGUGAUUGGCUCCGCGGAGCUGAAGGCGAACCACUCAAUUACGCAGGUGGUGGAGAUUUUGAGCGACCACGAGAAGUACCCCCGGCUGCUGAAGCUCCUAGAGCAGGUGAUGGACGGCAGCAAGAUUCUGGUGUUCAUGGACACGAAGCGCGUGUGCGACCAGGUGACCCGGCAGCUGCGCAUGGACGGCUGGCCCGCGCUCUCCAUCCACGGCGACAAGAGCCAGGCGGAGCGCGACUGGGUGCUGUCGGAGUUCAAGACUGGCAAGAGCCCGAUUAUGAUCGCCACCGAUGCGGAGCGCGACUGGGUGCUCUCGGAGCUCAAAGCCGGCAAGAGCCCCAUCAUGAUCGCCACCGAUGUUGCUGCCAGAGGGCUAG